AUCUUCAUAGAAGGAAUUAAACUUGAAGUCUUGUGAAGCUUAAAGCACACCAUGGCACUGCAAGAGAUAAAUGACCUGCAUGAAUUUGAAGGUGCAUUGAAGGCAGCUGGGAGAAAACUUAUCGUAGUGUGUUUCACCUCUGGAAACUGUGGACCUUGUAGAAUAACAUCACCGGUUAUGGAACAAAUGUCUAAAGAAAUGCCAGAUGUACAGUUCAUGAAAGUUGACGUUCAGAAAGACGACGAAUUUGUGGAGCAUUUUAAGAUCAGUGGAGUUCCAGCUUUUCUUUUUUACAAAAAUUACCAAGUGGUGUACAACUUUCAAGGUGGAAAUAUGAACCAUCUAAAGCAAAUGGUUGAAGAACUGAGGUUCAAGUGAGUCAGUUCCUACAAGUGCUUCAGUUUCAAAUAAGUGACCAUGUCUGGAUAGAGGAGAUCUUAGGCCGGCUGACACACUUCAGUAGGGAUAGGGAAACUUGAUUUGAUUAUUGUAAAAUUCUUUAAUUAGACACAUCUCUUUGGCUUUAACAAAAUGUACAGAUGUUCAUUGUUUACUUAAAAGUAUUCCUAAUAUUUUAUAUCCAGCCUUCCUAUUUUUUUUAUUACCCCUUUCAACCACUCCAAAUUAUUUGA